UUGUUUCGCCACAGCUGACCGCUGCCGCUAGCAGGAAUAAAGCAGGCUAAGCUAGCAGGUCGGACAGUUAGCAGCCCGGAGAGCAGCAGCAUUGGGGCUAGACUGUGGAGGACGGUGGAGACCAGCAGAAGCGAGUCAUUCCCUCCCAGCGAUGCUAGCACCGAGUGCCGCCGUCAGCUAACGUCCCGACCCACGGGGACCGAGCUCCACGGAAAACCCACGACAGAUAAAAGGCGACAUCAGCGGAGAGGGUUAGCUUAGUUUCAAUGUUAUUGUCAAUUAAAGCCACAUAUGGUCACGAUGUCCUGCUCUGGAAACCUGGUCUGGGAUGUAAAUAAACGCUUGAUUGGAUACAACCAGCCGAACAGCAUCAGGACCAACUAUUUAGGUAGAAGAGAGUUCGUCCAGAGGCUCAAACUUGAAGCGACGCUGAAUGUACACGAUGGCUGUGUCAACACUAUAUCCUGGAACGACACGGGAGAAUACAUCCUGUCGGGGUCAGACGAUACGUUUCUGGUCAUCACCAACCCGUACAACAAAAAGGUCAAGAAGUCCAUACGUUCAGGUCACCGGGCGAAUAUCUUCAGUGCAAAGUUCAUGCCCCACACCAACGAUCAGGAAAUCGUGUCGUGUUCUGGGGACGGCAUCAUCUACUACACCCACACAGAGAAGAGUCCUGAGUACAACAGACAGUGUCAGUUCACCUGCCAUUAUGGAACGGCCUACGAGAUUAUGACCGUACCAAACGACCCCUACACGUUCCUGUCCUGCGGUGAGGACGGCACGGUGCGAUGGUUCGACCUCCGCAUGAAAACUAGCUGCACUAAAGAAGACUGCAAAGAUGACAUCCUGAUAAACUGUCGAAGAGCAGCCACCUCCAUAUCCAUCUCUCCGCUGGUGCCGUAUUAUCUGGCCGUCGGCUGCUCCGACAGCUCGGUGCGAAUCUACGACAGACGCAUGCUGGGCACCAGAGCCACCGGGAAUUACAUGGGCAGGGGAACGACGGGAAUGUGCGUUCGCUUCGUUCCUGCUCACCUGUCCAACAAGUCGUGCAGAGUGACGUCUCUCUGCUACAGUGAGGACGGUCAGGAGGUGCUGGUCAGCUACUCCUCCGAUUACAUCUACCUGUUUGAUCCCAAAGAUGACCAGGCCCGAGAGCUGAAGGGCCCGUCUGAGGAGAGGAGGGAGGAGCUGAGGCAGCCUCCAGUGAAGCGUCUCCGUCUCCGAGGGGACUGGUCUGACACCGGACCCCGAGCCCGGCCUGAGAGCGAGAGGGAGAGAGAUGGGGAGCAGAGUCCAAACGUGUCUCUGAUGCAGAGGAUGUCAGACAUGUUGUCUCGGUGGUUCGAGGAGGCCAGUGAAGCUCAGAGCAGCAGAGGAACUCGACCUCAGACACGACCCCGAGGAACAGCCGUCCGUCCAGAGGGGAACACUCCUGCUGCCCCGCCGGGAGACUCCAGUCAGGGGUCCAGCGCCCCCCAGAGGCCAGUGGGGACGGACUCCCCGGAGGUACCUGCCAGUCCUGCAGCCGCCGCCCCCAUGCCUAAAUCCACCUCCUCUUCCUCCUCAGGGUCUUCAUCAGCAGUCACAGCUCCUCCUCCCUCCAGCUCCUCCUCCGUGGAGAGCUCCGCCCCUUCCUCCUCCCCCCUCACGUCCUCCCCCGACUCGGAGCAGAGGAGUCAGGGCGACACCACCGGGACGGCCACGCCCACGGCCACGCCCACCUCGGAACCUGCGCUGUCAGAUUCCCCCUCGUCUGUGGUAAACAAACAGCUGGGAUCCAUGACUCUGGAUGAACAGCAGGGAGCAGCAGAAGCUUCAGGUUCACUUCCACGUGAAUCUGUUUGUGCAGCGGCCAGCAGCAGCCCUCAGACCUCCACCUCCUCCAGUCGACCCAGUGCAGCGGAGCCCGUCCUCAGCCUCCACUACAGCUCUGAGGGAACCACCACCAGCACCAUCAAGCUGGACUUCACUGAUGAGUGGAGCAGCAGUACGUCCAGCUCCAUGGGCAGCGGAGGUCCUAAACCCUCAGAGGCUGUUCAGAGCAGAGAGAGUCUGUCCACGGAGAGCUCAGCGUCAGAGCAGGCUCCCUCUGAGUCCUCGGGGCAGCAGAGUUUUCCGGUCGCCUCCUCGGAGCCUCCGUGUGACGCCUCCUGCUCCGGCGCCGCCCCGGUCCCGGCGGCCGGCUCUGAGGGGGACAGCACGGCGUCCUCGCUGCAGGACAGGAGUCCACCGGAGGACACGAGCGGCGGCUGCAGGAGAGCAGAGCCUCCAGCCGAGGAGGGAGAGGAGGGCCAGAGUCAGCCCCCACGGGGAAACCAGGACUCUGACGACAGCGACGACGAUCCCAUCCUCAUCCCGUCUACGAGGUUCAGAGGACAGGGACAGAGACGUUCGGCGGCAGCUCGUAUCCAGGAGCUGUUCCGCAGGAGGAAAGAAAGACGAGAGAUGGAGGAGAGCGAGACCCAGAACAUCAGGAGACCUUCAGUCAAAAUGGUCUACAAAGGCCACCGCAACUCCAGGACCAUGAUAAAAGAAUCGUGUUUCUGGGGCAACAACUUUGUGAUGAGCGGCUCCGACUGUGGACACAUCUUCAUCUGGGACAGACACACAGCAGAACACCUCAUGCUGCUGGAAGCCGACAACCACGUGGUGAACUGCCUGCAGCCGCAUCCCUACGACCCCAUUCUGGCUUCUUCAGGGAUCGACUAUGAUAUCAAGAUUUGGUCGCCGCUGGAAGAAUCGCCGUCUUUCAACAGAGUCCUCGCUGAUGAGGUGAUAACUCGUAACGAGCUGAUGCUGGAGGAAACGAGAAACACAAUCACAGUCCCGGCUUCUUUCAUGCUGCGAAUGUUGGCGUCCCUGAACCACAUCAGAUCAGAUCGACUAGAAGGCGAUCGCUCUGAAGGUUCAGGCCAAGAAAAUGAGGACGAGCAGUAGCCAGAUGGCAUUUUAUUUUAAAGAAAACACUAUUUCUUCUUCAUGUAUAGCACUUGAAAAAUACCUGAGAUUUGUACAAGUAUCGUAUAGAAUACUUCCUUUUGAAAAUUAGUGUAAUUUCUAGCACCCUGUGUUUUUUAAGAUGACUUUCUUACUGAUGUUUCUGUAUAAGGAUAAAAGCUACAUCUGUGUGAAUGCAAAAAGGACGUCAGUACAUAUAUAUAUAUAUAUAUAUAUAAAUAUAUAUAUUAAGUGUGAGUAUAAUGGCGGCUGGUGUGAAAGGAUGUUAAGUGCAAUAUUAUUUUGUUAGGAGAAGGUGAGCUUUGAUCAGUGUUAACGUUUGACAUUUUUGAAUUUGUAGCAAAAUGCUAAGAAAUGUUGAUGUGCUGCUCCGGCAGUUACGCAUGUGAAUAAUAAGUUUAAGAAAAACA